CUAUUUUUGUGUCGUCCUCUGCCGUGUUUACCUGUUUACCAUUUUGAAAAUGAUUUUGGAUAAAUUCAUUUUAGCGAUGAUCUUGCAGCUCUAAAGAAUUUCUUUUAAUUCCAUUUCUAGAAAAAUAGAAAAAUGAGCAAGAACAAGCAGAAUCAGCGAAAAGGGUCGGAUCCCUUUUCGCAGAGAACGACGAGGAACGAGAGAUUUGCCCAGAUGUCGAAGCAAGAGGAGCUCAUUCAACAAAAGAAAAAAGAGUUGUUGGCCAAACUUUCGAGCCAGAAGACACCCACCACUUCUACCCCUGUGGCCUCGUCAGCUCCUGCUGCGACUCCAGAAACCUCCGUAGUUCAACCGAAGCCUCUUCUACGAACUGGUGGACUUGGGAAAAGGCCUAAUUGGUGGAAAAGUAAAACAACAUCAACAAACUCAGCAACAGCCGUCACUGGAUCCUCAAAUCCCACAACAGUGACCCAGCAGGCUCCUCUAAAUCAGCAGAAAUCUGCGUCACCAUCUGGCAAUAAUAGCCUUGUGUUUAAAAAUGAUGGCAGUUUCAUUGAUCAGUUCAAACAAAUAUCAGAUGUUAAACCUAAAGAAGAACCCAAGGAGUACAGAAUGUAUGAUAAUAACUAUCAAAGCCAAUCAUCAUAUAAUGACAGAGGUUACACAUCAGGUCACAACCCUCAAUUUUCCUCAAACGCGCCUAUGAAUAGGCCACCCUCGCCGUACUCACCUUCGAGAACUUCUCCAGACAGCAGCCCGCCCCACAGGCCUCAAUACUCAGCGCCACCGCCUCCGACGCCUGUGAUGAUGCAAAUUCCUCCCCCAAACAUUCUCCACCAAAACCCGCCCCCAUUUCCGCCUCCGAUGACCUCAGCCCCGCCACCCAUGAUGAGCACAUCACUCGGAGUGCCGCCCCCAACUGUGAUGGUCAGGACGUCGGUACCGCCUCUGCCUGUCAACAUUCAGCAGCCGCCUCCGCCGCUGAUGAACUACCCUCCCCCGCAGCCGCCUCCAAGCAUGAGCCAGCCGCCGCCCCCAAUCAUCGCCAUCCCAAAUCUGAGUGCGCCACCCCCAAAUAUGGCACCGCAGUACCCUCCGCCUCUGAUGACCCAGCAGAGUCAGCAGAUGACCGUGACCACUGUCACCGUGUCCGUCUCCUCAGGCAUACCGAUCCUGACCCAGCAGCCGAUGGUCGCCUUUGCCGAGGCAGCGCCUGAAAAUAUCAGGCCUCAAGUUUCUCCCGCAGGAGACGUGACAGCUCUUUUGACCCCAGCAAGUAGGCAACUGGCUGAAAUGGUGGCCGAAGGUGGUGACGAGAUCGAGGAAAUGGCUCGCGAACGCAACAGGGACGACCUGGCCAUGUGGUUCUUGUACCAGCCAGAAGGGGAAGCGUACAAGCAGUACAGACAACUGGUCAACAACCUUCGAGCUGCCAAGACAAUCAAAAUCGAGCAACAGCUUGUGCAGGUGAAAACUGAGAUGGACAGCAAAGCAUCUAGGAAAAGGAAGAGCCGGUGGGCGCCUGAAGAUGACAAGGUCAACGUUGCUGCGCCGGGCAUAUUGCCUGUUGGAAAUGUUCCGAUGGGUCGAGGUCCACCCCCGUUGCUUUCAAAAGUCACAAGAACCGAUCAGAAAUUGCUAGCGUACGCGAAGAGCGCGUACGGCACUGUCCACCUCAGCGAAGAGGAUUGGAAGAAGUGCGAGGACCAUUACAAGGUGCAUCUGCUGUAUAACGACAUGAUGCGAAAAAAGGAGCAGUUGGCAAAAUUGGAGAGGGCAGGCAAACACAAGUAUGAGUACGACAGUGACGAGGAUGUCGAUGGCGGCACUUGGGAGCACAAAGUGCGAGCUGCUGAAAUGGAGGCCACAAACAGAUGGGCCGACGAGUUGAACAAACAAGCCGAGGGCAAGCACCACAUUGGCGACUUCUUGCCACCUGCAGAGCUUGAGAAGUUCAUGCAAAAGUAUUCGGCUGCUAAGGAGGGCAAGGAUCUGGACAUCUCGGAUUACAAAGAGUUUAAGCUGAAAGAAGACAACAUUGGCUUCAAGAUGCUACAGAAACUAGGAUGGUCUGAGGGACAGGGUCUUGGUUCAGAAGGACAGGGCAUUGUGGAUCCUGUCAAUAAGGGAAAUGUUCGAGCUGAAAAUCAUGGCCUAGGAGUGCAACGACCUGACAAUGUAUCGUCCGAGGACGAUGAGUAUGAUGCGUACAGAAAAAGGAUGAUGUUGGCCUACAGGUUCAGGCCUAACCCUUUGAACAACCCGCGACGAUCGUAUUAUUAAAUAGUUGGAUGUAAUGAAAAUCUGCGCUAAAUGUAACCGGUAGUGCUUUUGUUUUAGAAGAGCAUUUAUGCAAUGUUACCCAUUAAUAGCGUGAUUUGAGGCAUCAAGACUUGUAAAAACUCUGCCUGAACUGGGCAUUUGAAAAGGCAGCAACCUUUUUGAUCAUGGCGCCGAAUAUAAAUUUUGAACCCAGUUCGGGCUCAAAACAAAACUGUAAACAAACUGAAUUAAUGCAGGCAGACUUGCUCACUGCAAUUUUUGUUUCAGAAUUCCUUAAAAAUUAAAAAAAGAAUAU